UUCUAUGGUGUUGACUGUGUAGAUGGCCCCGAGGGUGGGUUUCCCCCUGGACGUGGCUCUUCUGUCCGGCUGGCGUCCCUUUCCCGAGGCGAGGGGGCCCUCCGCGCCGCUCUGACGCCGCUCCCCGGUCACAAUGGGCCCGGACUAUAGGACGGGGAGAGGCGCUUUCCCGGGCGCAGAGAGGGAGAGGCGCCCGGCGGCGGCGGAGGUCACCAUGCUCCCGGUGGCCUUGGCGGCGGAGGCAGUCCAUCCAUCCCCCCUUUUUGGCUGCGUCUCUCCAGGCGUUUAAGAAGAGCAGGAGGAAAAGGAGGAGGCGCCGAGGCUGCAGGUGACGCCAAAGGAUUCCCUUCGAGACCCAAACGUCUAUGAAAAUCAGAGCACUCGUCCAUGCUACAUGAUGUCACAGAAGAAGAAACCAGCCAAAGCAUCGGCUGGUGGGCACAGCCAAUUUCCAGUUGCUCUGGGUUACAAGAUGGAGCAGGCUUUAGUUUCAGAAUAUGUCCCCGUUGUCCUACACCCUGGGGGAUACAAAUCUGAGUCUCUCAACUUUGCUUUCUACAACCCCAACUAUACCAAUUCAUACAAUCCAUUUUACACCUUACAGAAACCAACCUGUGGUUAUCGAUAUUGCCGAGACACAGACCACAGAAGGAAGGUAUUAGAUGUAGAAAGGGUAGAUCUCCCAAAAUGGAGAAAAAUCGUGGUGAAGAAGCCAGGUGUGUCUUCUACAGGCUCAAAACACUGAAACUGUCA